AUGAGAAUAGUGCCUGAACACCUGAUAUUCAAAACUCCCCUUAAUGAACAAUCAACGGAGUAUAUAAAGCUCGAGAACGAUGGCGAUAGCAGAAUUAUAUUCAAAGUGAGGACGAGUGCCCCCACAAGAUAUUGUGUGAGACCCAACGUGGCCGUCAUAGGGGCCCACGAAAGUGUAAAAGUCCAAAUUGUUUUCCUUGGAUCGACCGCUGAGCACGAAAUGAGGCAAAAGCAGGAUAAAUUUUUGAUUGUGACACUUCCUAUCCCGACUGCCUGUGCGGAUAUGAAGGAGAAAGAGCUGUUGUCCAAUUGGUCUAGUUUGGAGGAACAGUACAAAGCUGACACAAUCUUCAAGAAGAUCAAAGUGUUCCACUCCGCGAUACGGAAGCAAAGGCCAUCCAAAAGUCAAGGUUCUAAAUCGUCGAGGAGAGUGUCCUCAUCACCUGAUAACGAGCAAUGUUUAAGUUCCACCACGCUGCUUGUUAUGGCCCUGAUCGCAUUGCUCGUCGGCUGGUUGUACUACUGA